AAGUGUCUUAUCUCCUCCACACCGAAUCAUAGAGAUCCUUAAAUUCUUCAUUUUCCCAAUUUGCGCCGCCAUUAAAAAAAAAAAGCUUAGCUAAUCGCUAUCGUCAUCCGCAACUAACAAGACCCAUCCUCUCUCUUCUCUAGAAAUCUACCCAAAUUUUCGAUUUUGUGACAAGGGUUUUUCUUAAUUUCGUCUACGGAUAUAGAAAAUGUCUUCCAUCAAUCUAUCCUCAUCAUCUCCUUCCACCAUAUCUCUUUCCCGCUCAAGACUAAGCCGAAGCUCUACUACAUUACUCCAUGGACUACACCGUGUUACUUUACCAUCUAACCAUCCAUCAAAGUUUUCCAUUAAAACUACUGGAAAAGUUAAGGCUGCAGUGAUCUCUAGAGAAGAUGAUCUGCUCUCAUUCACCAACGGAAACGCUCCUCUCUCAAAUGGUUUUCUCAUUGAUGAUCGGACUGAAGAGCCAUUAGAGGCUGAUUCAGUUUCACUUGGAACACUUGCUGCAGAUUCAGCUCCUGCACCAGCCAAUGGUUUUGUUACUGAAGAUGAUGACUUUGAGUUGGAUUUGCCAACUCCAGGUUUCUCUUCUAUCCCUCAGGCCAUUGAAGACAUACGCCAAGGAAAGCUUGUCGUGGUUGUGGAUGAUGAAGAUAGAGAAAAUGAAGGCGAUUUGGUGAUGGCUGCUCAAUUGGCAACACCUGAAGCUAUGGCUUUUAUUGUGAAACAUGGAACUGGGAUAGUUUGUGUGAGCAUGAAAGAAGAUGAUCUCGAGAGAUUGCACCUUCCUCUAAUGGUGAAUCAGAAGGAAAACGAAGAAAAGCUCUCUACUGCAUUUACAGUGACUGUGGAUGCAAAACAUGGUACAACAACAGGAGUAUCAGCUCGUGACAGGGCAACAACGAUAUUGUCUCUUGCAUCAAGAGAUUCAAAGCCUGAGGAUUUCAACCGUCCAGGUCAUAUCUUCCCGCUGAAGUAUCGGGAAGGCGGGGUUCUGAAAAGGGCUGGACACACUGAAGCAUCUGUUGAUCUUACUGUUUUAGCUGGACUGGAUCCUGUUGGAGUACUUUGUGAAAUUGUUGAUGAUGAUGGUUCCAUGGCUAGAUUACCAAAACUUCGUGAAUUUGCCGCUGAGAAUAACCUGAAAAUUGUUUCCAUCGCAGAUUUGAUCAGAUAUAGAAGAAAGAGAGAUAAAUUAGUGGAACGUUCUUCUGCUGCUCGGAUCCCAACAAUGUGGGGACCUUUCACUGCUUACUGCUAUAGGUCCAUACUAGACGGAAUAGAGCACAUAGCAAUGGUUAAGGGUGAGAUUGGUGACGGUCAAGACAUUCUUGUGAGGGUUCAUUCUGAAUGUCUCACAGGAGACAUAUUUGGGUCUGCAAGGUGCGAUUGCGGGAACCAGCUAGCACUUGCAAUGCAGCAGAUAGAGGCUACUGGUCGUGGUGUGCUGGUUUACCUACGUGGACAUGAAGGAAGAGGGAUUGGUUUAGGACACAAGCUUCGAGCUUACAAUCUACAAGAUGCUGGUCGAGACACGGUUGAAGCUAAUGAGGAAUUAGGACUUCCUGUUGAUUCUAGAGAGUAUGGAAUUGGUGCACAGAUACUGAGGGAUUUAGGCGUGAGGACAAUGAAGCUGAUGACGAAUAAUCCGGCAAAGUAUGUUGGUCUGAAGGGAUACGGAUUAGCCAUUGUUGGGAGAGUCCCUCUAUUGAGUCUUAUCACAAAGGAGAAUAAGAGAUAUCUGGAGACAAAGCGGACCAAGAUGGGUCACAUGUAUGGCUUGAAGUUCAAAGGCGAUGUUGUGGAGAAGACUGAGUCUGAAUCUGAGUCCUAAGUUUGAAAACCAGGACGAACCGAAUGGAAUAAAGAAAUAUAGGUAUAAUACUUGAAAAAACCAGGAAAGAAAUUGACACAGAAGAAGAAGAAGAAGAAAAAGACUUUUGAUCCGUCUGAGAAACUUGAUUAGAUUGGUUUAUGUUCUAAUCUAAUCUUAUCUGAUAUUUUUUGGUCUACAAUUCUUGAAUUACUUCUUGUUGUUGGGAUUGAGUAGUUGCAUUUUUGAUUUGUGAAGCUGUGACAAAGAGGCCAGCUUUGAAGUGUGUCAUCAUACUUUGGUUGAUUUCUUGUAAAACCUUAUUUUUAACAUUUAAACUAUAAUAAAAGUGUCAUGAUUAUUAAGAA